GAGAGUGUAUUCAAUAGCAUAUCUGCUUUGAUAAAAAAUGUUGCAAAAGAGAGAACUGGCAAGAAAGACAGAGGGUCCCCGACUAUGACUCGGAAAUAGCAGAGCUAAAAGCCCCUCCAAACAAUGACGAUCACCGAGGCCCGCAUCUCUCCCUCACCAAUUUUACCGCACAUCGCCGGCUCACCACCAUGUUUACUGGAAUCGUCGAAAUUCUAGGAACUGUUUCGGCGCUCGAGGAGCUUGACCAGACAGCCAGCGGAGGCGGCGGGACCUCGUUGACUAUUGCGAACGCGCAGGACAUUCUUGAAGAUGCGAAUCUAGGCGAUAGCAUAAGCGUGAAUGGCACUUGCCUCACGAUCACCGAGUUCGAGAAAUCCUCUUUCAAAGUCGGCGUCGCUCCCGAAACUCUCCGCCGUACAAACCUGGGUUCUUUGAAGAAGGGCUCCAAGGUCAAUCUCGAGCGCGCAGUAGCUUCGACGACGCGUAUGGGCGGACACUUUGUGCAGGGACACGUAGACACUGUCGCUUCAGUAGUCUCCGUGACAUCGGACGGCAAUGCGCUUACGUUCCGCUUCAAGCCCCGGGACCCUUCCGUGUUACGAUACAUCGUGGAGAAGGGAUAUGUCACUUUGGACGGAGCAAGCCUGACGGUCACACAAGUUCAAGACGGUCCAGAAGGGUGGUGGGAGGUGAUGCUGAUUGCCUACACACAAGAACGUGUAGUCACGGCGGCUAAGAAACCGGGCGAGGAGGUCAACGUGGAGGUUGAUAUGGUCGGUAAAUACGUGGAGAAGAGCGUGGCAGGCUACUUUGAAGACAAGGCUGGAAGCGGAGAGUUUGCAAUUCUGGAGAAGAUGGUCUCGAGGCUUGUGGACGAAAAGCUCAAUAAGUCAACGAAGUGAGCUUUACUAAGUUGGCGCUCGAGCACUACGAAAUGAGUCUUCUUGUAGUGCAGCCUUUACAGAUGGUAAUAUGGGCACUAACACGCCCGCUAAUGAGCUCUUUGGACGCCUCCUUGCCAUUGCUUGAGGCGCUUCAUAACAGCGUGGACAGUUCGACGAGAUAUGACAUCCAAGCGAUCACGAACCAGACCCUGUAGUGCUCAUGAAAGUCCCAUAGCGACCUGGAUUCCACCUUAGAUGAGUAAGUCUACAUAGUUUAAAACACUAUUAUGGUCCUAUAUCGAUGCCGUU